AUGAACCCCUCCUCAAGUGACGAAUUGGUGCGUGAUUGCGACACUAUACUGGAGCAUGGUGACGAUGCAUCAACGACCUUUGCUGAUAUCACCAACGAGAUUCGUUCUACUGCCAAUCACCUAUUGCAGCUCUACAAGAAGCGUUCCCAGAUGCACACCUUGCAUGCCAAGUUCCAAGCAGCUUUACGUGAUGCUCGUACCAUGUGCCACCUUGACCCUCAAUCUCCACUUGGCUAUCUUGCUGUGGGCCAUGUUUACCGAGAACAAGGGAAACAGCUAAAGGCUAUUGACAUUUACACCAUUGGAAUCAAUGCAGCAUCCACCGAUGAUCCUUUGUAUCCAUCACUCAUUCAACAAAAGGAUGCAGCCACCUUGCAACUAGAGCAAUGCGUUGAUUUCAUCACCCAACUGCCAUUUGAGGUUGUGAGUCGUUACAUUGUGCCGAUAAUAAUGCAGCAUCAGCCAUCAUCCACAUACAAUCAAUGGCCUUAUCUUCAUGUUUCCAUGGCUUGGCGAGAACGAUUGCUCCGGUCAGCACCGUUGCACUAUGAAUUGGAUCAACCUUUGAACAUGUACAUGAGAGCAGCAGCUGAGAACCAGUUGGAGCAAUUCAAGGAUUAUGUUGGUACCGUUACAUUGUGUCGCUUUCCUGGUGGCAGUAGCAACAAUGAAAAUGCACAAGUAUUUCCAUGGGAGGCUGCGACAUCACUCACACGAUUGAAUUUGUAUGUCGACAUUGAGGAUCCUCCUGAGGAGCCCAGCAAUGUGCUACCCAUACUGAUGGCUGUUGGUGACAGGUUGACGCACUUGGAAUUGAGUAUCGGAUAUCAGCAUGAUAUGGAUUCACAUACACUGCCUGUUCAUCUCGAGUGGAUCUUGGAACAUGUGCCCCACCUUCGAAUGCUAUCCAUGACUCGCUUCACUGCCAAUGAGUGGACUUUAAGCAACACAUACCCCAACUUGGUCUCCUUGUGCAUUCAUGAUCCGCCUCAUACAAUGACGCAUGCAGCGGUGAUGCAUGUCUUGGAACAUUGUCCUUCCUUACGAGCUCUCACCUUGUUUCGAUGUGAGCAAAGUCAAUCAUUGCGAGCCAUCCAUGAACAUUGUCCGUUGAUCAACUACCUUCGCUAUGCCCCUUCACGUGGUCAAUAUGAAGACGAUUAUGAGGAUUUUGAUUCAAUCAACAUGGACUCCAGCACCACACCAGGAUUAUCCAAAUUGGACCUUGUAGUCGAUUAUUCAAUGUAUGAGUUAUCAGAUGUGGUAUCAUUAUUGCAGCAGCAUCACACCACUUUGGAAAACAUCAGCAUGACGGUGGGUUUGGACAUAGCAACAGCCUAUGAUGGAAGAGAGGAUUUGGAUAUUCCUUUUUCAAACCUCAAAUCAUUGAGCUUCAAUCACUGUGAACAAUCAUCAUCCAUGUAUCAUUGGAUCAUACAUAAUGCUCCCAAUAUCACAACUCUCGACCUUGCCGUGUCCAGCUUUGCCAUUCCCUCCACUACCAUGUUCAAUCCGGCAACCUAUCAUCACCUCACCACAUUCAGUAUGUUUGUUGCCAAGGAUGCCCAUGUUCAAUUCUUGGAUCGCCUCAUUUCACAUCAUAUCGAUCUUGAUCACCAAUCAUCUCUCAAGCACCUUUCCCUUUUCUUUUCAUCCGUCAACACAACAUCACCAGCAUCCAUUCAGAAAAUUGGAGACUUGACACAGCUCGAUGCACUUUCAAUCAGAGUAUUCGACGACAGCUGGAUCAACAGCAAGGAUGCUUUCAAUAUCAUGCUCGACAAGCUUGCAUCACGCGACCAUCCAUUCUCAUCUUUCUCAUGGGAGGCACAUGCAGACAUGUUGACCUAUGUAUUAUACCAUCUACAGAGCAUGAAUCAAAUCAGGGACUUGAAGCUGGGCCAUGGAUUGAAUGAAUUGAACGUACUGCAAGUUUUAAACUGCAAGCCGACAAAGUCACUCACAAUGGAAUACAUGGAUGACAUUUCACAACACACCCUCGAUAUGCUCGAUGAACGCUUCAAAAAUAUCACUCUCAACCUGACAGUAGUCGUAAAUUAG